AUGCAUGUAUACAUUACACAACCUCAAGAUUCGUCUUCUUCCAGGCAGCCACAAAACAAGAAAACCGAAAGAACCCAUAAAAAGCUCCGGAGAGCACCUUUAACACCGAGAGUAGGCCGCGGCUCCGAAAGCUCCACCCGCCACUUUGGGUCAGGCUCGCAGACGCCAACAGCCACUGCCGCUGAGGUGCGCAGGGACAACCACCGGAGGCCGCGCGAUUACUGCACCUACUGUCAAGACGAGGGAGGAGGACAGAGUCACUCGGAACCGGUCUCCCGAUCGUCCGCGACUGGUACUCAAUCCCCCGCCGUGUCCGGACCCACUUGCCACCUCCUCCGGCUGACGUGGAACUGCUACCUCAACAAGGACGGCGGCCGAGCAGACGCACGAACGCAACGCGUUGUUACCGGCCACGUCGCAGUUCGUUCUUCAAGAACUUCCUCAGAACCGACAGGAGUGUCAAUCACUGCAAUUCGAAAAUUACACAACCUUAAUGGUGUAACUUUUAAAACUCAGAUGCAUAUUGAUUCACUUUUUCGGAUUAUUUCUGUCAUUCAAUGCAGUAGUGAUAGGGGAUUCGAUCGAGGAGCAGGGAGGAGUUUCUAUCAAAGUGAAAAACUUCGAAACUUGCCUAAACAAGUACAGUCAACGGACAUGUUCUGAAGCCAUGCUAUCUUCUGCUGUUUGAAUCAAUGUUGCUCUGGAGGUAUUGGUCUCACUAUUGA